CCACAAAGCAUUGGACUCUUUUCAAAAUUGUUUUGACAUCGUAAACAUGGCAGCCUCAUCAGUUAAGCUCCAACCUUCCAACCUUGGUCUCAUCAAAGCCAAUGAUGAAGUGAAACCGGAAUCCAUCGCCGAAUGCAAUACUUUGGUCCAGAAAAACCACGAAGAAUGGCACAUGUUCUUUCGCGACACAGCCGGCCACAACCACAUCGCCCACAGCCUUCUUACAAUCCUAGCCUUGGGUGCCGGUCCAGAGGAGCUCAAAGCGAGGUACGAAGAUGGCAUUCCCAUUCAGCGAGCGAUGCCUUCCGUCGACACCGAACUCCUCGAGAAAUUGGGAUCUGAAGAGAACGCCCUGCACAACGCACUCGUUGGACAAAUCCACCAAUAUCAUACCUUUCUCGAGUUCUUCAAAAGCGAAAUCAAUGCCAAAGGAUGGAAAGAAGUCGUUCAGAAAUACGUGUUCGCACGCACCAAAACUGCAGACUUAUUGCUCGCUCGCAUGUAUGAAGGCGCAUACCAUCCCAUCAUUCACUUGGGCCUCGGGGUAGAGUUUGAGCAACCAAUCAUCAUUGCGGAGGCCCUUGCACAGGCUGCUUCUCACGAUGAUUCCAAUAUCCGCACUCUUUUCGCUAAUGCCGAGAACGAAGCUUCCAUCUCGUAUCCAUCGAAGAAGCCGAAAUCCAUGCUGAAUCUUAUUCACGAAGUGCGCGCAUCCGACGCGAUUCGAAACGCACCGAAAUGGACCGACUUUGGAAACAAGAUGCGUGAUGGCAUAGUCGGUCGUGCGGGCGAGCAGAUGGCCAGUCUGGCUUCGCAAUUCCGUAUCAAGAAUGACGAAAUCGAUUUAGAACGUCGCACUGCUGAGAUGAUCAGCACCUGUGCUUAUUUCGCAGGUGCAGCGCAGGAUAAGAGCAAGACGAACCGUCGGACCAAAAUCGAUUUCUUCUAUAUGCAUUGCGUGACCAGCAGUAUAUUCUUCACGGUGUUCAUCAAGCAAGAUUGGAUCAAGCUUGAAGACCGCAUACGACUGGUGGAAUGGAAAGGCCGGCUUGACCUGGCGUGGUAUGCUGUGUCUGGCUGUGCGGUGCUGGACGAAAGUGCUAUCACGAACUACACAUCUCCCGAAAGUGAUGGUCUCGGCUGGGAGGAGCUGUUUGAAGCGGUGAUCAAAGAACAUGACGAUGGUCAUGCUGCGAAAUUUAUCCGCGCGCUCAAAAAUGGGGAAGAUGUAUCUCGGAAAUUUGAACAGGGCGAGUACGAAGACUAUAUUCCGAUGAAAGGUGAUAUGUGGUUGAGAUUGGCGAGGAUGUGUCAGGAUACUACGAAGAAUAGGCCAUCGGACCUGAAGUGGGUUCCUUUCACGGGCUUUGAGCAGCCAUGGGCACGGCCAGACUUGAAAAUAGAGUAA